CCCAAGCCACAUGAUAUCCCCCAACCUCCCCCUCCGGCUCCGCCACCUCCGCCGCCUUCUCGCCGCCGCGCCCUGUUCCUCCCCCGCCGCCGCAUACUACUCGCGCGCAUCCUCCCCGCCGUUAAGCCGCGCUCAGGCCCCGCCCCCGCCCCCGCGGCGCCAUCUCCCGGACCUCCCGGCGCGACGGUUCUCCUCCGGGCACGUCCUCCUCCCCACCAACCUCCAGGAGGAGCACGUCGCGUCUCUGUCCGACAGGAUCUACGACGCGGUGACGGAGACAGAGGAGGGCUCCAACGAGGGCACGGAGGCCGCCCUCGACGCGCUGGGCGCCGAGCUGACCACCCCGCUCGUGGCCGACGUGAUGCACCGCCUGCGCUACGAGGAGAAGCUGGCCUUCCGCUUCUUCGCCUGGGCCUCCCAGCAGGACAACUACGAGCACGAGCACCGGACGUACAACGACAUGAUCGACAUCCUCUCCGGCACGCGGUACAAGUCCCGCCAGUUCGGCGUCCUCUGCGACGUGCUCGACCACAUGAAGCGCCACGGCACGAGGUCGGUGCCGGUCGAGGACCUGCUAGGCAUCCUGCGCGCCUACACCGAGAAGCACCUCACCAACCUCAGGAAGCUGGCCAAGAAGCGGCGGGUGCGGAUGCGCACGCCGCCGGAGACCGACGCGCUCAACAUCCUCCUGGACGCCUUCUGCAAGUGCGGGAUGGUCAGGGAGGUGGAGACGGUGUUUGGUCGUAUGAAGAAGAAGCUGCAGGGAAAUGCCGAGACCUACAGCAUCCUGUUCUUUGGGUGGUGCCGCGCCAGGGACCCCAAGAAGGCCAUGAAGGUGCUCGAGGAAAUGAUUGAGAUGAAGCACACCCCGGAGAACUUCACGUACAUUGCUGCUAUUGACUCGUUCUGCAGCUCUGGUUUGAUCUCGGAGGCAAGAGAGUUGUUUGAGUUCAUGAGGGCCGAGGGGUCGAAGAUAUCCUCUCCCACAGCUAAGGUAUAUGCUAUUAUGAUUGUUGCGCUAGCCAAAGCUGAUCGGAUGGAUGAGUGCUUUGAGCUGAUUUCGGAUAUGAUUAAACGUGGCUGCAUGCCUGAUGUAUCAACCUUUAAAGAUUUGAUUGAAGGCAUGUGCUUGGUGGAUAGACUUGAUGCUGCCUACUGCAUUUUGGAGGAGAUGGGGAAGGCUGGGUUUCCUCCUGACAUUGUCACUUACAAUUGCUUUCUUGAGGUGCUUUGUAGUCUUCAGAAGGCUGAUGAUGCGCUCAAACUCGCCGAGAGGAUGAUAGAAGCACACUGUGAGCCCAGUGUUCAUACUUACAAUAUGCUGAUGGAGAUGUUUUUUGGUAUGAGAGAGCCACACAGGGCACUCGAUAUUCGGACUGAAAUGGACAAGAGAGGAUGUCGACGUGCUGUUGAUACCUAUGAAAUAAUGAUUGAUGGGCUGUUUGAUUGUGGAAGAACAGAAGACGCUACCACUCUUCUAGAUGAAGUAAUAAACCAUGACAUGAAACUGUCGUACAAGAAGUUCGAUUCUAUCAUGCUGCAGUUGUCAGCUGUUGGCAACCUUGGCGCAAUACAUCGGCUUUCAGAGCAUAUGAGAAAAUUUUACAAUGUUGCAAUGUCAAGACGUUUUUCGAUCACACAGAAGAAGAAGAGCAUUGGUAUUAGACGGAGAUGAGUUCUGCAAGAUAUAUUAUUGUUAGCACGAAUAGUCAAGAGCGUAAGGGUGGUUGAUACAAGUCUGCACAUUUUGUCGGAGCAAUUUGCAGUGGAAGCAGCAGUGUAUGAACCGAAGUAUUUUGCCAAGGACACAGGCAAUGUGAGUAUGUUUUCAUUUGCUUUAUACAUCAUAUGGCACACCCCAUGAAGCUUUUUUCCUUAGUUCUCUUGUGGAACCUUUUUCUUUUCUUCUUUUUUUGCCUCUCUCUCUCAAAUGAACCACAAAGGCCCAAGACUGAAUUUCCUGUCAUUAAGCAUGCAAUUCGACACAACUUUUCUUGUCUCCGUUUGGCAACCAAAAUCAAUUUCACAUAUUCUGGAGUCUCAAGAGCCCAGCUUCUCUGGGAGCAUAUGUUACUAGGCUUAUUGCAAGCAGGAUCUUACUCAUCCAGUUAUUAGAAUAGAAAUGAGGGUUCCAGUUUUAAAAACAAGAAUGCCAGAUGCACUUAUAUUCCACAGAACAUCUGCAUUUCUUCCUAUAUUAUUGGUACAGCACAAAAAACAAGAAAUGCCAAUGAGCAGAUAUACUUGUAUACACAAUGGUGAUACUGAACAAAUGUGGUUGCUUGGCUGCUAUUCAAAGCUGUCCUCCUCUGAAAAGUUGUCCUGCUACUUUAGCUGAUUUGCCGAUCAGAUGGUAUUAAACUAGGAACAUCAGGACAUGGAUUAACUACCACAUAUGAGAAUAAACCAAGUGACUGACAAAGAAAAUGCAUCACACAUAGCACUUCAGUGUAGCUGAAAUUAUUACUAACUAGAUAUGCCCUUUUAUUUAAAGUCUUAUACCAAGCUUUGAUUAUCUGAACUCGUGGUGCCAUGCCAUGCCAUGGCCCGUCCUCCGACGAGGUGGGUAUGCCAAGUUUUCAUGAGUUCCGAGGUAGAAAGACGGCUGGUUCUGACGAAAAAGAAACCUCUGCCUAAGUGAUUUCAGUUUCCAUCUCAUCUUUUUUUAGAUCAAGUUUCCAUCUCAUCAGAGCCGGCCCUUGGGCGGGGGGUUGCCCCACGCCUAAAUUGAGGCCAGUUAUUUCAACAUAGGCCCAUUCUGUAACAUAUAUUGAUAUGCAAUAAUAUCUUUGUCCUUACAUACAACUAACAGAAAAACAAAACAUCCAAGAAACCCUGGUCUAUUAUUGAGACAUGGAACCACAAGCUGAGAUCGGUACCCUAAUUUCCUGAAAUUGGAUCAACGGUACCAGCCGUUACUUAGGAAUUCACCUUUUUAGGGACCUUUUCUCUGUCCUUGUUGGACCCAAGCACAAUACAUGUAAUUGUAGCAUUUUUAAGAAACUUUUUUCAGUUAAAAUUAGCAGAAGGCUACUUGAGCCAGGCAGAACACAGAUUGGAUCUGUUGAGCCUGUUUAUAUUCAGCAAAAUAUGUCACAUGCGAGUUUCUUGGUCGGUUUUAAUGGUUUACAACCACAUCUUCACAUCUUGCCGUAUAGACUUCUUUUUUUUGGAUAUAUUUUUAUCUUCUAACGACCUAAAGCAUCAUAGCUAAAUUUCAAAUAUGAAGUUGCUUACCACACAUACCGUGUGGUUAUCGUAUAAACUUUUGCUGUAUAUACUUAUACCCUUACACAUGCAACACAUUUAUCUUCACCCACCAUCAUUUUAACAUAUGCGGUCACAUGUUUGCCAUGUUGGACAUAAGUUAUAGUGAUACAUAACUAUUGUCUCGACACUGAAAAAGGAGAAGAGUGUGUCUUAUAGGUCCGGACCCCCAUUGGCCGGUGGGCCAAAAACCAUAAUACCUCCCAUUCAAAAAGUUAUACUAAGAGAGCAUCAAUUAAUCUGGAUUGAAGGGAACAUCAUAUUUGUAAUUCUACCAAGAUGCCAAAACUGAUCUCGACGGAAAGCAGUAAAAACUUGGGGUCCAAAAGAGACAUGUUGACUAGUCACAACACAAGAGACCUCCUGGGUAUGGAGUUGUUCCCCUGAUGUGGAACCGUUCUCUCUCUCUCUCUCUCCUGGGCAUGGCGACGCUCUCGCGACGGUAGUUCCCAGGGGUUUGAGCAUCGCAUGAGACCGUGAUUUGAUCGCAUUUUUCUCGCUGUGAUUUCUCCCUUUCCCUAUUCUUGCCCUGCGCUUCUUGUGGAACCGAUAGUUUCUCGUUUUGCUGCCUCGUUCGGGGUGAUUCAAGGGCAAUCCUUGCAUUGUUGCCCACCCUUGGUGAUGGCGGGACGAGGUGUAAGUGCAUCUAGUGCCAUCCCUAAUUGGUUUUGGAGUAUUGACGACAAACCUGGUUGAGGGACUAAUGUGU